AUGGGAAGUUCAAGUUUUGACAAUGGAAAUAACAAUUUUCUUGUUACCAUGGCAAAAUCCAACUAUCCACCAUAUGGGAUUGACUAUCCCGACGGUCCGACCGGCAGAUUCUCCAAUGGCCGGAAUAUCCCGGAUUUUCUUGCCCAAUUCCUAGGUUUUGAUAACCCAAUUCCACCUUUUGCAUCUGCAAGAGGCUCGACGAUCCUCAAAGGUGUAAAUUAUGCAUCAGGUGAAGCAGGAAUUCGUGAAGAGACGGGAUUCCAUGUGGGUGAUCGGAUCAGCUUGAAUAGACAGUUACUGAAUCACAAGACAAUUAUAUCACGAUUUUUUUUUGGAAGAAACGUGGGUGCAACAAAAGACUACCUUAACAAGUGUUUGUACAUAGUUAAUAUAGGCGUCAAUGAUUACAUUGCCAACUACUUUUUGCCACAAUACUACUCAACAAGUCUAGUAUAUACUCCCGAUCAGUUUGCAGCCAUCUUGAUUCAACAAUAUUCUCAACAGCUAAGGGUUAGUUAA